AUGAAGACCUCCCUGCUCGCAGCUUCGGUGCUGCUGGGCUGUGCCUCCGCCGAGGUCCACAAGCUUAAGCUCAACAAGGUUCCCUUGACCGAACAAUUUAUCACUCGCAACAUCGCCGACCACGCAAAUGCCCUGGGCCAGAAGUACAUGGGCCAGUUCGGACAGCAAACACUUCAGGAUGAGCCCGUUAACGCCAUGGGCCGCCACGAUGUUUUGGUUGACAACUUCUUGAAUGCGCAAUACUUCUCUGAGAUCGAGCUCGGUACCCCUCCUCAGACCUUCAAAGUCGUCCUCGACACUGGUAGUUCCAACCUGUGGGUUCCAUCGUCGGAGUGCGGCUCCAUCGCUUGCUACCUCCACGAGAAGUAUGACUCUUCUGCUUCGUCCACAUACAAGCAGAACGGCAGCGAAUUCGCCAUCCAGUAUGGCUCCGGCAGCCUGAGUGGAUUCGUGUCUCAAGACAACCUUAAGAUCGGUGACCUGAAAGUCAAGGGCCAGGAUUUUGCCGAGGCCACCAGCGAGCCUGGUCUGGCCUUUGCCUUCGGCCGCUUCGAUGGAAUCCUCGGUCUUGGAUUCGAUGCCAUCUCUGUCAACAAGAUUGUUCCCCCCUUCUACCAGAUGAUUAACCAGGGUCUUCUCGACGAGCCAGUCUUUGCUUUCUACCUUGGUGAUGCCAACAAGGAGGGCGACAGCUCCGUCGCUACAUUCGGUGGCAUCGACAAAGACCACUACGAGGGUGAGCUAAUUAACAUCCCUCUUCGCCGCAAGGCCUACUGGGAGGUUGACCUUGACGCCAUUGCUCUUGGCGACGAUGUUGCUGAGCUGGACAACACUGGUGUCAUCCUCGACACCGGCACUUCUCUGAUUGCUCUGCCUUCCAACCUGGCUGAGAUGAUUAACGCCCAGAUCGGUGCUAAGAAGGGCUUCACUGGCCAGUACAGCGUCGAGUGCGACAAGCGCGACUCUCUUCCUGACCUUACUUUCACUUUGACUGGCCACAACUUCACCAUCGGCCCUUAUGACUACACCCUCGAGGUCCAGGGAUCUUGCAUCAGUGCCUUCAUGGGCAUGGACUUCCCCGAGCCCGUUGGCCCUCUGGCUAUUCUCGGUGAUGCUUUCCUGCGCAAGUGGUACAGCGUUUAUGACCUCGGUAACAGCGCCGUUGGUCUUGCCAAGGCCAAGUGA